GCGCGACGCGGUGCUCGCGCUCCUCGGGCUCGGCGGCAGCGGCGGCGGCUUCGCGCCGAGUCCCCGGGGAGCGGCGGCGGCGUUCUGCGGCUGGGAGGAGUGGGCACCUGCCGCGGCUCGCGCGCGGGCGCUCGGCUGUGGGUGCCCUGGGAUGGAGCAGGUGUGCAGAGGGUGAGGAUCCAGCUCUGGAACGACAUCACUCCCUUUCUUCCUUAGCAAGACUGUCAGCUUGAGCGGACUUGGGCCUGUAAGGAGGAUGUCUGUGUGCCUUGCACUGCUGUCCCCUCUUUGGGGGAGGACUUUUCUCCUUCUGCUUUUGGUGGCCGUGGCUCAGACCCGCUGGCCCAGUGAAGCCUCGGAGGCCAUCAGGGACUGGGAGAACCAGCUUGAGGCGUCCAUGCACUCAGUGCUCUCAGACUUCCAUGAGGCUGUUCCCACAGUGGUUGGUAUUCCUGAUGGUAUGGCUGUCGUUGGGCGCUCAUUUCGAGUGACCAUUCCAACAGAUUUAAUUGCCUCCAAUGGAGAAGUCAUCAAGGUAUUGGCGGCUGGGAAAGAGGCCUUGCCAUCCUGGCUGCACUGGGACCCACAGAGCCGUGCCCUGGAGGGCCUCCCUCUUGACACCGACAAGGGUGUGCACUACAUCUCGGUGAGUGCUGCACGGCUGGGGGCCAAUGGGAGCCAUGUCCCUCAGACUUCUAGCGUGUUCUCUAUCGAGGUCUAUCCUGAAGACCACAAUGAGCCACAGUCCUUGCGGGCAGCUUCACCAGAUCCUGGUGAGGUGGUAUCAUCUGCCUGUGCUGCUGACGAGCCUGUGACUGUUCUGACAGUGAUUCUAGAUGCCGACCUCACCAAGAUGACCCCAAAGCAAAGGAUCGACCUCCUGCAUAGGAUGCAGAGUUUUUCGGAAGUAGAACUUCACAAUAUGAAGUUGGUGCCAGUGGUGAAUAAUAGACUGUUUGACAUGUCGGCCUUCAUGGCUGGCCCAGGAAAUGCAAAAAAGGUAGUAGAGAAUGGAGCCCUGCUCUCUUGGAGGCUGGGCUGCUCCUUGAACCAGAACAGUGUGCCUGACAUCCGUGGUGUAGAGGUCCCUGCCAGGGAGGGUGCCAUGUCAGCCCAGCUUGGCUACCCUGUGGUGGGCUGGCACAUUGCCAACAAGAAGCCCCCUCUCCCCAAACGGAUCCGGAGGCAGAUCCAUGCCACACCCACACCAGUCACUGCCAUUGGGCCCCCAACCACAGCCAUCCAGGAGCCACCAUCCAGGAUCGUACCCACCCCAACAUCUCCAGCCAUUGCUCCUCCAACAGAGACCAUGGCUCCUCCAGUUAGGGAUCCCGUCCCCGGAAAGCCCACAGUCACCACCCGGACUCGUGGUGCUAUCAUUCAGACCCCAACCCUAGGCCCGAUUCAGCCCACUCGGGUGUCAGAAAUUGGCACCACGGUUUCUGGCCAGAUCCGACCAACGAUGACCAUUCCUGGCUAUGUGGAACCCACAGCAGUUGUUACCCCUCCCACAGCCACCACCAAGAAGCCACGAGUACCCACACCAAAACCAGCCACGCCUUCAACUGACUCCUCAACCACCACAACUCGCAGACCAACUAAGAAACCACGUACACCCCGACCAGUGCCCCGGGUCACUACCAAAGCUCCUAUCACCAGAUUGGAAACAGCUUCUCCCCCCACUCGCAUCCGCACUACCACCAGUGGGGUACCCCGGGGAGGAGAGCCCAACCAGGCCCCAGAGCGUAAGAACCACAUCGACAGGGUAGAUGCCUGGGUUGGCACCUACUUUGAGGUGAAGAUCCCACCAGACACUUUCUAUGAUAAGGAGGAUACCACUACUGACAAGUUAAAGCUGACCCUGAAGCUGCGGGAGCAGCAGCUGGUGGGUGAGAAGUCCUGGGUACAGUUCAACAGCAACAGCCAGCUCAUGUAUGGCCUGCCUGACAGCAGCCACGUGGGCAAGCAUGAGUAUUUCAUGCAUGCCACGGAUAAGGGAGGCCUGUCGGCUGUUGAUGCCUUUGAGAUCCAUGUCCACAGGCGCCCUCAAGGGGACAGGGCUCCUGCACGUUUCAAGGCCAAGUUUGUGGGUGACCCAGCACUGGUGGUGAAUGACAUUCACAAGAAGAUUGCCCUGGUGAAGAAGCUGGCCUUUGCCUUUGGGGACCGCAACUGCAGCACCAUCACCCUGCAGAAUAUCACCCGGGGCUCCAUCGUGGUGGAAUGGACCAACAACACAUUGCCCCUGGAGCCCUGCCCCAAGGAGCAGAUCACAGGGCUGAGCCAGAGGAUCGCUGAGGAUGAUGGGAAGCCUCGACCUGCCUUCUCCAAUGCCCUGGAGCCUGACUUCAAGACCAUGAGUGUUGCUGUGACUGGCUCGGGCAGCUGCCGGCAUCUGCAGUUUAUUCCCGUGGUGCCACCCAGGAGGAUGCCCUCAGAGGUGCCACCUACUGAGGCACCAGACAGGGACCCUGAGAAGAGCAGUGAGGAUGACGUCUACCUGCACACGGUCAUUCCGGCCGUGGUGGUUGCAGCCAUCCUGCUCAUUGCUGGCAUCAUUGCCAUGAUCUGCUACCGCAAAAAGCGGAAGGGCAAGCUCACCCUCGAGGACCAGGCCACCUUCAUCAAGAAAGGCGUGCCCAUCAUCUUUGCGGAUGAGCUAGAUGACUCCAAGCCCCCACCCUCCUCCAGUAUGCCGCUUAUCCUGCAGGAGGAGAAGGCCCCUCUGCCUCCUCCCGAGUACCCCAACCAGAGUGUGCCCGAGACCACUCCUCUGAACCAGGACACUGUGGGAGAGUACACCCCUCUGCGGGAUGAGGAUCCCAAUGCACCUCCCUACCAGCCCCCCCCGCCCUUCACAGCCCCCAUGGAGGGCAAGGGUUCCCGUCCCAAGAACAUGACCCCGUAUCGGUCGCCCCCUCCCUAUGUUCCCCCUUAACCCACAAGCGCCUGGGUGGAGGCAGGGAUAGGGCAGGGGCCUGGAGACAACACAGUGUUGUCCUUGGAGACCGGUGGCCUUUAGACCAUCAUCCACCGGAAGCUGACACCUGACCUAGCACACACUGACACACACGGGGCCUGGACAAGCCCGCCCUCUCUGGUCCUCCUAAACCCCAAAGCAGCUGGAGAGACUUUGGGGAGUUUUUUAUUUUUAUUUUUUGCCUAACAGCUUUUUGUUUGUUCAUAGAAAUUCUUUGCUGCGUCUUUGAUGGCUGGCUCUGAAAGCACGGUUUGGAGUAGAGAUGUAAAGGAGUGAGGAACCGUGAAUGAACUCGCAGGCAGUGCUGGGCAGUCUCCCAGCUCUCUGCGUUUUGCCUUUAACACUAACUGUACUGUUUUUUCUAUUCAUGUGUGUCUAGCUGCAGGAUGUAACAUGGAAAACAGUAGCUAAAGAUUAAAUUCAAAGGACUUUCAGAAAUUAAGGUUAAGUUUUUACAUUUAAUCUGCUGUUUACCUAAACUUGUAUGUAUAAUUUUUGGGUGGGAAUGGGGAAUUGCUUUGCUAAAAAUAAGCUCCCAGGGUAUUUCAAACUUAGAGAAGACCAAGGGACAGUAUUUUUUAUCAAAGGAAUCCUAUUUUUUCACACUACGUAAACUUGGUUGCUCUGAUACCCCAGAGCCUGAUUGGGGGCCUCCCAGCCCUGGCUAAGGGGCCAGGGCCCUGGUGCUGGAUUUGCUCACCAGCUGUUGUCAGGGGCUGGAAGCUGGAGGGGCCUCUGGGCUGUGGACACCCUCACCCCCACCCCAUGCACGCUAGUGGCCCAUUACCAGGGGUCUUCAUUUCCAUGGAAAAGGGACUCCAAGAGGCAGCGGUGGCCAUGGCCCCCAACCUAGCUGUUUGUGGGGGGGUGCCUGGGGAGGUCGAGGGACUCGACCACAUCAACCUGUUUUCUUUUUUAGUUCUCUUAUGUUUUUCCCCCCUUCUAAAAGGAAUAUCAUGUUUUGAAAUACUCAGUGGGGGGACCAUUUUGGUGAAGAUGCAAUAUUUUUACGUCAUGUGAUGCUCUUUCCUCACUUGACCUUGGCCACUUUGUCCCUACUGUCCACAGCCCACCCUGACCCACCCCACCCCUUUUCUCUGGCACCCCAGUCCCAGGUCAUGGGCCUGAAUGGCCAGAAGAGCUCUAGUGGCUGGGGAGGAGUGCCAACAGUAGUUAAUAGUAAAAAUCUGUGGGCUCUCAAAGCUAAUUUUUUACUAAAGUUUUUAUACAGCCACAAAUUGUUUUAUUAAAAAAAGAUUAAAAAUGGUGAUGCUUACAGCAGUUUGUACAAGCUCUUAGUGUUGAUUCCAUGGAACUGAUGGCUUUGCUGAUUUUGACACCCCCCCCGCCUUUUUUUUUCCUUAAUGGCUUAAAUUCCGGGAAUUACACAGGGGCUUCUUUUGCCUUUUUUUAGCAGAACAUCCGUCCAUCCAUCUGCAUCUCUGUCCCAUGACUCAGGGGCACCCACUCUGCUUCGGUUCUCCUCCUUUGGAAGAAACCCUUCUGAGCAUGACUUUAUUGACACAGUUUUAGUUUGGGUACCUUUUAGGGAGGAGGAAUGCCUUUUGCAAUAAUGUUUCCUUUCCCUGAUCAAGAGCAGGUGGGUGAACCUGGGCUCCCUUUGCACACCGAGCAGCCACUUUUAAGCCAUAUCGACAUUUUGCAGAGGAUUCAUAUGUGCUGCCUCAGGAGGGAAGGGCCGGCAAGAGGGCUGGGGGCCUUCACCCCACUGCUAUCGGGAGUGCAUUUCCUGUGCGCCUUCUCCUGCUGUGGUGGCCAGUCCCUUCUCCCUGCUGUGGUGCAGGUACUCUAGAGUGAGCAGUGCCCCUGUGGGGGGAGCCUUUAAAUGAGGGCUCAGAGGACCACUGGUGACUGGGCUUCAUGUCUCCAGUCUCUGGUCCAAGCCAGGAUUUCCCCAAUGCCCCAGAGUCAGGAGCACAAAUGGGUCUGGCCUGGUAAGAUUAUUUUUGAUGACCUCAUCAAAAAAUAAAUAAUUCCCAGUGUUCCAGGUGAGGGCUUUGAAAGGCCUUCUAAAUGGCUCCAUUGCCCCUAGCAACCCCACCAUUGGGCACUGCCAUGCAGAGACAUGACUGGCCCAGAAUGGCCUAUUGCCAUAGCAACUGGAGGCUAAGGGGCAGUGCACAGAAUAACAGCAACAAUGCCCUUGCAGGCAGUCUCCUCACCUGAGCACUGGGCUGGCGAUGGCCGCUGGACUCUGUGAGAUGGAGAGCCAAUCUCACAUUCAAGUGUUCACCAACCACUGAUGUGUUUUUAUUUCAUUCUAUAUGAUUUUAAGAUGUGUUUUCUGCAUUCUGUAAAGAAACAUAUCAAACUAAAUAAAAGCAGUGUCUUUAUUACAAU